CCAAAUUUUGCUGUGCCGGGGAAUUGUGUGCUGGUACCGCAGCAGCCUCAGAUUGGAGAGCGGCCGGCGGGGACGUAGAGUGGUCCAGGCUGUGCUUUCACGUUACAGAGUGUACCGCAGCGCCUGGACUCCAUUGCCUUAUCCCCCCCCCACACACACACACCGCUAUCUCCAGCAUCAGCAUGGCCAAGGAGGAGAACAAGAGCACGGAGCAGUCCAGCUCUGAAUGGAAGCAGUUCAUCUAUAACCCGCGGAGCGGAGAGAUCCUGGGCCGCACGGCCAGCAGCUGGGCUCUGAUCCUGCUCUUUUACCUGGUGUUCUAUGGCUUCCUGGCCGGACUCUUCACCCUGACUAUGUGGGUAAUGCUGCAGACACUGGACGACAAUGUUCCUAAAUAUCGCGAUCGGGUUUCCUCUCCAGGUCUUAUGAUUUCCCCUAAAUCAGCCGGAUUGGAACUCAUCUUUAAUAAAAAUGAAAGGAGUUCAUAUGAUGAUUAUGUGACAGCUCUUCAUAGUUUCCUAAAGCCAUACAACGACACCCUUCAAGCCUCAAAUUUGCAAUGCCCGCCAGGCCACUAUUUUGAACAGGACGCAGAAGAGAAAAAACAGUCCUGCCAGUUUAACAGGUCCUCCCUGGGCCCUUGCGCCGGGCUUGAAGGAAACGAGUUCUUUGGGUACAAUGAAGGAAGCCCCUGCGUGAUUGUCAAGAUGAACAGGAUAAUUGGACUAAAACCACUAGGAAAUCCGAAAAUAAACUGUACUUCUAGGGUAGAUAACGUCAGCCUGCAGUAUUACCCUGAAUACGGGAAGCUAGACUUGAUGUAUUUUCCGUAUUAUGGAAAGAAAAUCCAUAUGCAAUACGUGCAGCCUUUGGUUGCAGUGAAGAUCGUACCUUCCAAUACUACCGGUACAUCAGAGAUAGUGCUAGAAUGCAAAAUUUAUGGCUCUCCUAACCUGAAGAAUGAGGACGACAGAGACAAGUUCCUUGGCCGGGUCAAUUUCAGAGUCCAAAUGAAGGAAUAAAACUAGGCAGCUAAACAGUGUCCAAUUGAAUACAUUGUUUUUGUUUUUUUGUUUUUGUUCUCCCUUUUUUGUUUUAUAUUAUUAUUAUUUUGUUUUUGUUUUUUAUUAGCCAUACCUUUUUUGUAGGAUUUGAAACCAUCUGGGAAACCGAUGUAAAUGGCACAUGAUCCAGGGUAGCAUAACGAGUGUGCUUCCAGUCCUGACGAUUUAUCUUCUUCUGUGCUGAGAUAUAGAUGGAGUUUAUGCUUCCCGUAUCCCCAGCUCAUAAGUGGUUAAAUCUUCCCUUUAAACGCAUCUCUAAGGCCCUGUGUGGGGCCAGUUUACAAACCAUUUAAAAUAAAUAAAUUAUCGUUUCAUAUUAGGGGACCUGUAAAUAGCUGAUUCUGAACAUUAUACUGGUGGUGUUCGUCAUAUUUUUGAUGUGAUUUUAUCCCUCCUCUUCCCCCUCACCCAAAGCCCCCUCUGUGAGUGUUACAAAGCUUAAUGUGUUGUGCUAUGUAAAUAUUUAAUUGAUUUAACACUGGUUUAACGGUCAUAUCUCAAACGCCUACACAGUUUUAGGGAACAAAAAUGACAAAUAAGUGAAUGGUACCUGACCAACAUGUACAAACAAAUAUAAGGAAUUAAAAAUGAUUAAAAAAACAAACAAAAAAAGGAAAGAUUUUAUAACCUCUGCAAGAGUUGUGUGUCUUGUGCAGAUGCCUUAAGUUCUGUAUGGAAAAAAAGCAAAAUAAAGUGGAUUUUAAAGGUG